AAAAAAACGAGAUGGGUUCUCUCGACCAAUUUUAGAUUGUGGGAAUAUAUUGCUGUGUGGAUUGGGGAUUCUUCCGUGAAGUGUUGAAUUGCGAUUGAGAAUCCCCAAUUAGGUAGGUUUUGUUGGAUUUGAUUGAAGUAGUCUGAAUUGGGCUGAUUUUUUUUAGUUUAAAUCAACAAGAGCUGAAAAGGGUUUGUGACAUAACGGAAAUUUGUGAAGCUAAGAUUCUUGGAAGGAUUUAGCCAUUUUGUAUUGCGGAAGUAAGAAAAAAUGGUGGAUUCAAUUGCUGCAACAUCUCUUCUAGGGCAUAGACCUUUCUGCGGAGUUUCUCCUAUUAAGGAUGUCUCAGCCAGACGGAGACUCUCCGGCUCGUGUCGGGGACCGUCGAUGGAAUUCCUUGGUCGGAAGUUCACCAUCACUUCCCCUUCUUUUCCAGGAUGGGGAGGUGAUGGUUCCACGGUUUCUUCAAUUAAGGCACUGGCAAUGGAGCUCACAAAAGAAGCAUGUGCAUAUAGAGAAGAGAGAAUACGUCAGGAUUUGAGAUAUGGGUUCGAUACUGUUAUUGAUAGGAAACCAGGGUUGUGGCCGCCUGAGAAUAAGGCAGAUAACCCUUCGCUGCACAAUCCCCUGCUUCGGCAAGAAAGGAUGGGUUGUGGGUGGCUGGGCGCCAUAUUCGAGUGGGAAGGAGUUAUAAUUGAAGACAAUCCUGAUCUUGGAAAGCAAGCUUGGUUGGCUUUAUCCCGAGAAGAAGGAAGGUCUCCUCCCCCGGCUUUCAUCCUUGGAAGAAUAGAGGGGAUGAAGAAUGAACAAGCAAUAUCCGAAGUCCUGUGCUGGUCGAGAGACCCAGCGCAGCUGAAGAGAAUGGCUUCUAGAAGGGAGGAGAUUUACCAAGCUUUGCAGGGUGGGAUAUACAGAUUACGAAAUGGGUCUCAAGAGUUUGUCAACGUUUUGAUGAAUUACAAUAUACCAGUGGCAUUGGUUUCAACCCGUCCGAGAAAAACACUUGAAACAGCCAUCGGACUGAUCGGGAUUGAAGGGUUCUUCAGUGCAAUUGUUGCAGCAGAGGAUGUUUACAGGGGGAAGCCAGAUCCGGAGAUGUUUGUGUAUGCAGCACAACUUCUAAAUUUCAUACCAGACAGAUGUAUUGUGUUUGGGAACUCAAAUCAAACAGUGGAGGCUGCCCAUGAUGCUGGUAUGAAGUGUGUCGCUGUUGCUAGCAAGCAUCCUGUCUACGAGCUCAGGGCUGCAGACUUGGUGGUGAGCCACCUAGAUGAGCUUUCAGUGGUUGAUCUGAAGAACCUUGCUGACGUUGAAUCAUCUGAAUUUGGGUCUGGAGAGCCAGAGUUGGAUAUGGAGGAGGAAGAAGAGAAUGAUCCUUACCCAUCCAGAUCAGCACUAGGGGAUGAUAGUUUCUGGUAACCCCUUAAAAAUGUACAGUUCCAUUAUGCUUCAUCUUAUUGGUCUUACUGUGUAUAAGUAAAUAAGAGAAAGAAAACAGCAAAAACACACUAAAAAGGAGGUCUAUAUUGGGCUGCCUUGAUGUUUAUUGUCUGUAUUGUCUAUACAAUUUAUGCAUAUGUAUGGUACUUCCAGUGCAUAAUGGUAUUUCUGUGUGUGUUGCGCGUAUAGCUUUUAAUAUAAUAUCAUAAUUUCAGAUGAAA